UGGAAUGUUAUCUCUCAAAUCAUCAGAGGCACAGGGACAAGCACGCCUGGAUGUUGUUGUACAAAGGGAUGACUGGAGCAAUAGUAUCCCCGGGAAAAAUAGAGACAGCCUGAGCGACUGACAGCACUUUCUCAUCCAACGAUCUUGUCAGAGGACGCGUGUCCAUUGUUGUCUACGCAAGGGUCAUAGGGCAUAACAUCUCCAAGUGCGUUCGUUACCGGUCCCGUUAUAUUAAUCUCCAUCCUUUAAGAUUGCUAAUGGCAAUUUCAUCGUACAAGAACACGAAUCUACGUUAAAGACCUGCGUAAAUAGAUCAUAAGAAAUUACCACGAAGAAAUGCCUUUGAUGAUGCUGAACUAAAAUAAGAUUUGAGAAAGGAGAAUGGACAUGUUUCACUAAGAACACACUCAUUAAAGCUACAUUUUGGGGAAUUACGGUCUCGUUGAAUUCAUCAUUAAUUUUAAAGAGCAGUUAACAACCUCUGAAGUGCUGAAAAUGAUGCUGAGUCCUGAUCAGACGGAUCCUGACCUCACCUGGCCACAGCCGGACUCAGAAUGUCUGAACCUGAUGAAGGUGGACUGUGUGGCUCUCGAGCCCUUCGAGGCCGAUGAUGGCAAGACGCGCGCACUCGUGCCAGCCGCGCUCACACGAGAAGAGAAGAGAAGGAGGAGGCGCGCGACUGCGAAAUACCGCUCUGCGCACGCCACGCGCGAGCGCAUCCGCGUGGAAGCGUUCAACGUGGCGUUCGCCGAACUUAGGAAGCUGCUACCAACACUCCCACCCGACAAGAAGCUCUCAAAGAUAGAAAUACUUCGCCUGGCUAUCUGUUAUAUAUCUUACCUUAACCACGUUUUGGACGUUUAA